UCUUCAUUCACUACAUAGUGAUUAAAACCCAAUUUCUCUCAAGUUUUUCUUAACUCCAAUCAGGCUGUUAGGUGAUUAAGUUAACCCUGUUUUAUAAAAAAAAAAGUUUCAUUUAUUCUAUGGCUAUUUCUGGUUUUGAAGGAUUUGAGAAGAGGCUCGAGCUACACUUCUCCGGCAACGAUCUAGUGAUCGGAGCGGGGGGACUCCGGCGGUUGAGCCUCGAGUCGUUGGAGGAGGUGUUGCGUGCGGUGCAGUGCUCGGUGGUUGCAGCCGUGGGGAACCAAUAUUUUGACUCCUACGUUCUCUCAGAAUCAAGCCUGUUUGUGUACCCCACCAAGAUCAUCAUCAAGACAUGUGGGACCACCCAGCUGUUGAAGUCCAUCCGUCCGAUGAUCCACUUUGGUGGUGGGAUGGGCCUCACAUUAUCCGAGUGUAGAUAUAGUAGGGGGAACUUUAUUUUCCCUAAAGCCCAACCAUACCCUCACACAAGCUUCAAAGAAGAGGUCAUCUAUUUGGAGGCCAAUUUGCCUAGCCAUCUUUGCUAUAGAAAGGCAUCAAUCUUGCCCUCCAAGUUAAGCUCUCACUCAUGGCACGUAUUCUGCGCCACGAAUGGAACUCCCGAGACGGGCCUUUCCAUCUCGGGUAAUAAUAAUCACUCCACUACUCUUAUUGAAGUUUGCAUGACACAACUCAAUCAAGUGGUGGCCCGUAAAUUCUUUGCUACACAUGACACGUUAGGAAAAGAUAUGACUGAUGCCAGUGGCAUGUGUCACAUCAACCCUAAUUCAAUCAUUUGUGACUUUGCAUUUCAUCCAUGUGGAUACUCCAUGAACGGUAUUGACAAUGACUGUUACUCCACCGUCCAUGUGACACCAGAAGACGGUUUCAGCUACGCUAGCUACGAGUGUGUGUGGCCCGCUUUCGACAUUGAUGAUAUCGCCCGAGUCUUGGAGAAGGUGGUGCAAGUAUUUCGGCCCGGGGUCAUGUCGGUAGCGAUUACUUGCAAUGCAGAUGAGAAAUGUAAGGGUAUCACUAAAGCCAUGGAGCCCCUCGGAAUGAAGUGUCGGAGUUGCGUGACGGAUGAGUUCCCGGCGGCCGGGAUCAACGUGACGUUCCAAACCUAUACGCCUCGCCGGAAGUGAGGCGUAUGGUUCAAAAUUAAGCGUGCAUGGGGAUGAUAGCCGACAUGUGAAUGGUAUAAUAUGAUGCAUGCAUGCCUCUGCCGUGUGAUCAUUAGUGUCAACGUGGGGAAGCAUUAUACGGAGUAUUAUUUACCGAUGAGAUUAUAUUAUAUGGGAUUGUGUGGGUUGUUCACGAGAUAUAAUGAUGCACCCCAUUUACUAUAUGUUUGGCACGCUUGCAAUUUUAAUUUUGAGGUUGCAAAUUAAUACGAAGUAUUGUUUAUCAUUUCCAGUAUAAUUAUUAUUUGUAGUGGUCACUGGUCGGAUAUAUAUAUAUAAGAGAACUCAAAACAUGUAUUCAUCGAGUGGACUUUAA